UUCAACAUUGCAGUGAUGAUUCCUCAGUGCUCACAUAACUUGAUCUCCAUCCCAAUGUCAAAGUGGUGAAUCUCUAUACACGACCCAUGCAUCAAAGAGUUACAGUAGUUCCUAAGAACUGCUCCCUGAGGACCUUUCCCUGGACCGUCUCUGCAAGUGAUGACGACACUGAUGCUGUUCUGGAAGCAUUACCACAUCUGUGACUGCGUCAAGAACCUGCACGCGGGAGUGUGUGAGGAAGAAGACACUGGAGGGAUUUGUCCAUGACGUCGCAGGGCUUACCGAGGACGAAGGUGGAAUACCAAGGAUAUUGUUCUCUCUGUAUAAGAAAAUUUCUGUCCUAUAAAACACAGUGUCCAACUUGUCGUGUGACAGUCACAGAGCCAGACCUGAAAAAUAACCGCGUGUUAGAUGAACUGGUAAAAAGCUUGAAUUUUGCACGGAGUCAUCUGCUGCAGUUUGCCUUCGAGUCACCACCCAUAUCUCCUGCCUCCAACUCUUCAAAGAGCCUCGCUGCCAGAGCACACAUGCCGAUGGCCCUCAGACCCUCUUUAAAGCAAGGAAGCAGCUUAAUGGAGAAUUUCUUGAUCAGAGAAACUGCUGGCUCUACAUCAGAGUUGCUGAUAAAAGAGAGUGAAAGCAAGUUCUGUCCUCAGAAAGAGACGAGCGCUUCUGCUGACACCAAAGAGACGCCUUGUGCAGAGAAGGCAGCUGCGGGCUCCUCCGGGGCUGCUGCUCCCGAGACCCCCUCUACGUCGACUUUGAAACAAGUCUCUAGAGUGGAUUGUCCUGUUUGUGGAGUUAGUAUUCCGGAAAAUCACAUUAAUAAGCACCUCGACAGCUGUUUAUCACGUGAGGAGAAGAAGGAGAGCCUCAGAAGUUCUGUUCACAAAAGGAAGCCACUGCCCAAAACCGUAUAUAACUUGCUCUCAGAUCGCGAUUUAAAAAAAAAGCUAAAACAGCAUGGAUUAUCUGUUCAAGGAAAUAAACAGCAGCUCAUUAAAAGGCACCAGGAGUUUGUGCACAUGUACAAUGCCCAGUGCGAUGCUCUGCAUCCGAAGUCAGCUGCUGAAAUAGUUCAAGAAAUUGAAAAUAUGGAGAAGACUAGAAUGCGUCUUGAAGCCAGUAAACUCAACGAAAGCGUAAUGGUUUUUACAAAAGACCAAACGGAAAAAGAAAUAGAUGAAAUUCACAGUAAAUAUCGUAGAAAACAUCAGAAUGAAUUUCAGCUCCUGGUAGAUCAGGCCAAAAAAGGAUACAAGAAAAUGGCUGGGAUGUCAAAAGCCAGAGUGACAAAAGAAGAGGCGGAAUCUCCAGAGAAGCAGUUGUCUGUGUUCGCGGGACAGGAAGAUAAUAAAAUGAAAUUCUCAGGUACGCCCUCAGUUACCAACCGCUGCCCUCAGUCAAAGCUGGACUCCCCAGGGAAACUGGAGCCUGAUGGGGCAGAUGAUUCUUCCAGUUGUACUGACAUUCAGGAAGAAGCACUGUCCUCACCAGAGUCAGAGUCAUGCAUUAGUUCCAGUUCAGACAUCAUAAGAGAUCUUCUGGAAGAAGAGGAAGCCUGGGAAGCAGCACACAAAAAUGAUCUUCAGGACACAGCAGUGGGUUCAAGGCAGCAUCGCCGCGCGCGCGCAGCUGAGGGGGCAGAGUGCGAGCCCAGGAACAAGCGGAACAGGACCUAGGGUGGCCUCGGCGGGCUUGUCUGGGGCGGGAGGCUGGGGCCCCUGGGCUCCCGGUUUAUAAACGCCGCGGGGAGAUGUCAGGUUUGACAUCCCAUCUCAUUGAUUUUCAUUCUCUUCUGCCCUUCUGAAGAGAGGUCACAAGGCACCCUGCUCGGUCCGUUACCUCCUGCCUCCGCGCAUGUCUCUGAAAACACGACACCUGCGGUUCCGCAGCCUCGCAGAGUGGACCUUCUUUUCACAGAGGGGUUUUGUUUCUGAAUUUCAGCAUCGUUCUCCUCUCCCGUGGAGAAACUGCUCAGAAGAGGACUGUCCGCCCUCGGUCACCCGCAGCUGGGGAGGAGUUCAGAGCCGUGUGUUGUGGCACGGCGGGGUGUCAUCAUCACGUCUUGGGGCUCGCGGGGGCUGGCGCGCCCCUCCCGCCGGCCUUGCGGGCUGUGGUGGGGUCUGGUGGUGCCGUCCGUGAGCCUGUGUCUUCCCUACCGCGGAGCAGGACGUUAGUGUUGUGACUCGGAAACUGGGGCCAGUUUCUCCUGAAAUGGUACUUAGAAAUGAUUCCCAUUAGUCGUCUUUUUUUUCACUCGGGUAAGUCAAAUUUUUAACACUUUAAAUCCUAAUUCCUAAACAAAAAGAAUGCAAUAAAUGGAAUUUGUAACUGAAUAGACUCUGCAUCAAUGUCAAGUAGCACCUGUGGCCCCGGAUCCUGUCAUCGAGCGCCAGCUCCACCUCACCGGCCAGGCUUGGUCGGACGUGACCUCUGUGCAGACUGGCCUCUAGUUCCAGCUCCUUCCAGAGCUCCUGAUUCUUCUCUCAGGCACUUCAGAGCCCGCCUCCCUCUGACCCUCACCUCUGCCGCCACCCAGCCCCUGCACAUCAGCUGCGGAUGACUGGACAGCCCCGCGGUGAUGGCAGCCUUCCGGGUGCUGGGGUGCGGUGCCCGCCCCUCUCCUAGGAACGUGCCCGCUGCGUGGGCUUUUGUUGCACUCUUGGGGCUUUGGGGUUUGUGAGGUCUUGCAGUGACCAAGGCUUUAGCAUUUCCACGCCUAAAUGGCUGUUUGUUUCCUUAAUGAGCCCCUAAGCUUCAGAUGGUUAUGUAAGGAUUUGUCGUGGUCGUUCCCUCUGCUGCGGAUGGUGAGGGGGCGCACUAAGGAACUAAGAGCAGCGCCCCUUGCGGGCUCUGUCGAAGGACCCAGCGUGCGGCAGGUGAGCGACGCGCGAGCGGCUUACCGCCAGUGUGGCAGUUGCGUCCCAUGUGGCCAGCUGUGGUGCUGGACUUUACACUGCGUUGUCAGAGAGCUCUCUGCUCCAGAGUAAGCUGGAAGUAGCUAUUGCUUUAGUUACUGCAAAAGGAGCUUUCAGAGGAGGGGUGGGACCAAGAAAGGGGGGCAGGCGGGUGAACUCACCCAGCGAGCACCUGAGCGCUGCCGUGUUAGAUCGCAGGACGGCGCUGGGCGUUGGAACGUGCAGGCUGGGCAGGAGGACUCUGCCCUCCCUGGCUGUUGGGCUGCAUUUGGGGGGUGGCCCCUGGUGUCCGUGGGUGGAGGCCAAGGCUGCUGCUGAGCGCUCACAGUCCAGCCCCAGGGGGCGUCACUCGUGCUGCCCCGACAGCUGUAGCCUGGGUUUAGUCCUCGGGGUGCAGAGGGGAGGAAGUCGGAGCCUGGGUGCUCAGCGGGUAGGUUUCCCCUGAGAGCCCCUUGGGCUGCCAAACGCUGCCAUCCCGCCAUGACUCACAUGGUCCUCGCUCUGACACCGCUCCCCUUGGGAGGACACCAGUCUGUGGGGUCAGGGCCCAUUCGUAGACCCAUGUUUACCUAAUGGCCAAAUCUGGUCCCCUUCGUAUUGAUGGGAGGGGCUUCAACAUAGGACUGGGGGUGGACACGUCUUUGCCCAGGACACUCCACGAUCCAGAACUCUCCAGUUUAAAAUUAUCAGUGCUGAAAUCGAGAAACCCCCAGUGUGGAGAAACUCCCGGGUCUACUUGAAAAAUAAGCCUAAGGGCCAUUUACUGAGAUGUUUAUUAGCUCUUAGCCUGUGUCAUAUUCCUGUGCAGCAGAAAGAUACUUUUCUAUCCACUUGAGAAUAAGGAACUUAGUGUGUUACAUUCAGGAUGGAAACCAAUACCUUCCAAAAGUCACCUUUCCUUGAAAAUAAUGGCCCUCGUCCCUGGGCCUUAAUUCUUUCUUUGUUGUUGUUUUUGGUUUUUGUUUGUUUGUUUUUAACACUGCUGAGGGGAGCAGCUGGCAAGAAAGGAGAGGUCUGCUGCGCCAUGUGGGUCUCUCCCUGGCCUGCCGGGGCAUCGAACUCAUGCUUCAGUGGCCACGGGUAACUCCAUAGUGCUGUGCUUAACCCCUUGUGCCACCAGGGAAGCCCCUGGGCCUUAAUUCUUUAAUUCUAACCACCACCCCCCCGGGGUAGGGGGGUGCCUCCCCAAGGCCACUGGAGGUGGGGGUGCUGCUGGGUGUCAUUCAGAGAAAGGCAUGGCUUUGGCGCCUCCACUCUCAGUACCCUCGAGUCACGGUCACACACGGGAUGAUGUAUGUGGGGAGUGUGGUGUGCAUUUUACAACCAACUCAGGUGAGGAUUCAGCUGUCUGCGGGGACAAAGGAGCGAUAGGGCCUGGGUGGUGCAGUCUCUGUGGCCAUGGCCCUGGAGAAUGUGGAGCGGUGGCCCCCACAGACCCCUGUGCUCGCGUUGCUGUGGUUGAACGUGAAGUUUGCAUUUCCGUUGGGCUGGGCGGGCGCAGAAACCAGGAUCACAAAAUUCUGAUAAAAGAAAAUAGUUCUCAUGAGACAGUUUUUCCUUUUAUGUGGGCUUUUUAUUAUAGAAGUAAUGGCACUCCCACCCCUACGGGUGUGAACACAUCCGCCACAGGGGCCACACUGCACAGCCUCCUGCCAAGGGCAUGCUUCCAGUUCUUUCCACGUGCAAGUACUAACAGAAUUCCUGAGAUUCGAGUCCCGGAAGUGGAGCCUUAGAACAUGAGCUCUCCAUAAAAGAUGUGGGCAGGUGGUUUUGAAAAAGAGGACUCCAGGGUUUCAGUGGUGAUGGAAGCUUGUCCUGUGGCUUUAGAGUCUCGGUCUCGGUCACUGGGAGCUCCCCAGAGCGCUGCAGUGGGACGUGCUGGGAGCUGUGAAGGCCCCCGGUCCACAGCUCAGGGGCGAGGAAUGACGAUUCCCCGAGGUUACAGGCAAAGACCAAAUGUGCCUGUUCAUAGUCUUUGGGGGGUGGCUAGAGGCCCCUGGUGCAGCACUUCACACCAGGCCGGGAGCCUUUCCUGGCAAGAAUCUAGAGCACUGUUAGUCUAGCGCUGGCCGGAGGGGUCCCGCCAGCUCCCUGGGGCCGGCCCUCGCUCGCCUGGUCCUUGAAGCCAGAAGGGAUCUAGCGUCGCCAAGAGACAGCCGGGCUUGGGAAAGUUUCCACGUGCCCUCCAGAAAAGCCGGUAGGCAUGCGAGCUGCUGUGGACGGAGCGCUCUGAGUGUCGGUUAUGUCGAGUUGUCUGCUGGACUCUCCGGCAUGGCGGAUUUUCUGGCUGCUUAUUCUAUCCGUUUUUGAGACAUGUUAAAUCUCUGACUAGUUAUAUAUGACUACAUAAUUAAAUCUAUGGUUUGUCAGUUCUUACAGUUCUGUUCUCCUUACAGUUCUGUGUAGUAAGUGCCAGUUUUUCUUCAUGUGUUUUGAAGCUGAUACUAGAAGCAUAAAAAUUUGGGAUUGUUAUGUCCUCUUGAUGGCAUCACCCCUUUAUCAUUAGGAAGUGCGCUUCAUCCCUGGGGUUCAUUGCCCUCGCGUCUGCUGUCCGGGGUUAGCAUACCUGCUCCCACUCCGCCUACUCAAUUCAGGAGUCCACCCGGCUCCGCCUGGACCCGUCUCCGCACACUGGGCGGAGGCCCCUCGCAAGGCAGGGGUGGGAGCCGCCAACGGGCGGGCACCCUGCUGGCAUCCCCUCUCUCAGGGAUCAGCUUCCUUCACUGUCUGAUGCUUGAAAGUGGCUGUUUUUAAAAGUUUGUGCCUGUUUUUAAUACUUUUUGCAUAAUUAAAGACUUCUCUGUAUGUUUUGAAAACUAUUUUGUCAGAUAGGAGGAUAAAUUUAAUCCAGUUUAGCUGGAAGCAGAGGUUGCCCACUGCCUUGUUACUUAUACUGUAAAAUCAUCAUCUCGGGCUCAUCCAUAGGGAAGAGGUCUGUGACCGUGGUGCAUGCAGAUCUGCUGCUGUAUUUUCAAGCUACUAAAUGUUUGGGGAGAAAGUUUGUAGCCAUAACUUGACCGUGUAGUAAGUGCCAAUAAUAUAAUUAAACAAAAGAGAUGGCAAAUCUGUGUUUGCACUAGAGCCUAACUCUUAAAAAUGUAUUUCUGUAUGACUCAUGCAUUGUGUGUAUGCAUAGAAAAAAAUGCCCCGAAAAUGUAAUCUCGGAAUUGUAGUAUUUUGGAUGAUUUGGAUGAUUUUUGUCUUGUUUUCUAAAUUCUGUCUGAUAAAUUUGCUGAGAAUCCUACAUCUGUGUCUGUGAAGAUGUACUAUGUGUGCACACGCACGCAGGCACCCGUGGGGGAGAGUAAGGAGGACGGCUGCAGGGCGUGACUGUGAGAGACGGGAGAUGGGCCUCAGCCAGGUCCCGCUGCAGCUCACCUGUGGGAUCCAGGGCAAAUCACAGCCUCCUCUCGGACUUCUCGGCGGCGGGAUGGUCUUCGGGGGCCCCACCCGCUAGCCUGUCCUGGGCGGUGACUGCUUCAA